CGUUGUGAUUGUGAAAGCUACUUGAGGAACACCGUUCUACAAAUUGGCCUUGCCCUUCGUCGACCUACCUUCAUUCACGACUGCACCGGAGUCUUCUGUACACAGUAUAGUUGCUGACUCUCCUUUGGCGCACGGCCCCGUCAACUUCCCCUGCCUGCCUAGGGCACAAUAAUUCCUCUGCUUCCGAUACAUUUGCGACGAGCAACCAACACAACAUCGAAGACCACGCGCUCAAUUGUCACCAUGGCUUUCAACUUCGGUACUAACAGUAGUAGCGGUACGAAUAAUAAGCCUCUAUUUGGCGCAGUCAAUACGUCCGGAUCAUCGCCAUUUGGGAGUGCAAGCAACACCACCGCCAAUGCGACCUCUAGUGCUGCCGGCACAACAUCUCUCUUUGGCAGUGCUGGGUCUACCGGUGGAUCAAAUCUCUUUGGCGGAGCAGCAGCAUCGUCUUCGACUACACCGGCUGCCAAUAAACCCAGCAUUUUCGGCUCAGCCCAACCUGGCGGUGCACCAUCGUCCAGCCCUUUCACACUGAACAACAACAAUGCAGGCGCGAGCGCUGCCGGGAAUGCUCCAAAGCCUAACAUAUUUGGAGGAGGAUCAGGUCUAGGUGGAACACCCACCGGCUCAGCUCCACCAUCCUUCAGCUUUGGAGGUGCAGCCGCUACACCAGCACCAAACAAAACUGCUCUACCUUUCAAUUCGACUACACCCGCUGGUAAUCCACCCGGAACAAGCUUAUUUGGAGGACAGAAUGCUGCGCCUGGCGCAGGCAGCCAACCGGCUUCGAAUCUCUUUGCAUCGAAGCCAGCAACUACCUCAGCUGCCCCGGCUUCCGCUCUAUUCGGCAGUACACCAGGAAGCACCACCCCAGCUGCCCCGGCUUCUAGUCUAUUUGGCAACAAAACAGCAACCACUACCCCAGCUGCCCCGGCAUCCAGUCUAUUCGGCAAUGCCGCAGCAAGCAACACCCCAGCUGCUAAGCCUCUGGGUAGUACGCCUGGUGGUGGAAUGUUCUCAAAUCUAGGUGGAAACAAGACGACACCCGCGGAUGCGAACAAGAGCACAGCUCUCACCUCACAGGCGCCAGCAAGCUCGGGUUUCAGUUUCCCAAGUCUCGGAUCUGGUGCUGCUACACCUGCAGCACCCUCGUCACAAGCGGCCGCUACGCCUUCUUUGUUUGGCUCAACGCCAUCAGCAACCCCAGCAAGCAAGCCGCUAACAUUGUCUCUUGGAGGAACACCAGCUUCAUCACAGCCUGCAGGAGCGACUGCAGCAUCUACGGGAGCUGCGUCAUCUGCGGCGCCAGCAACUGCUGGAUCGACUGGCGGUGGCUUCAGUUUCAUGAAACCCGGUGCAUCAUCUGCCGCGUCUCCUGCCGCCACUACCACGACUGCCGGUGCAACUACGACUGCCACGUCUGGGUCUUCUCCAUUCCCCUCCCUAGGAGGUCUAGGAGGCGCCGGAGGAAGCAGUGCUGCACCUGCACCUGCGGCCUCUGGUGCGACUAGCGGUACCUCGCUCUUCUCAAAGCCGGCGGCGACAGCCUCGACACAACCAGCCGCUUCCUCAGCAACUGCUGCAGGCAAACCCAGUACUACUGCGCCCGCUGCAAGUGCACUCGGAGGCGAUGCAGCAAAGAGUGGACUGGGUGCUUCAACCACAGGACCGACACCCUCCACCCAGUCGCGCCUGAAGAACAAGUCUAUGGACGAGAUCAUCACGCGAUGGGCCGCCGAUCUUUCCAAGUAUCAAAAGGAGUUCCAAUCCCAGGCUGAGCAGAUCUCUGUUUGGGAUCGAGCCUUGGUUGACAAUGCCGAUAAGGUGAAGAAGCUUUUCAACAAGACAUGGCAGGCAGAUCACGAUUCUCAGGAGGUGGAGAGGCAACUGAGGAUGAUGGAGGAGAACCAACAAGAGCUGGAUACCUACCUCGAUCGAUAUGAGAAGGAAGUCGAUAAUCUGUUGAAGAUGCAUGGUGUAGGCGGCCAGGGCCGAUCUGAUGGCCUGCGAGGACCUGACCAGGAGCGAGAGAGGACCUACAAGCUGGCUGAGAAAUUGCAAGACAAGCUCAAUGAGCUGAACAAGGAUCUCACCGAGAUGAUCAGCGAGAUCAACACCACUUCACAGACUCUGAGCAAGACCGGCAAGCCUGAUGACCCACUUACAAAGGUCGUCCGCGUUCUCAACUCACAGCUUUCCCAGCUCCAACUCAUCGAUGCUGGAGCCACUCAAUUGCAGGAGAAGAUCACAAGGGCACAGAAGGAGUCUCAGCGUGCUGGUGCCAACGGUUGGAAUGGCCUGGGCACGAAUCCCUCGGACGACUUCAUGAGGAGCUUCCGGGGCGGCAGAGGCGAUCGGUUUGGUGGUGUCUCGUAAGGCGUCAGCUGUCUAGUGCGUGUGCACAAUCGACCCAGGAGUCCCAACGUAAUAUUCGAAGGUUAAUGAAUGAGCGAGGGAUGUUGGCUAGCUCUUUCGAUGAGGAAGAUUUGGCAAGGUAUAUUUUGAUUUCUGUACAAUAGCAUGGGAAGGCUGGAUAAAAUGUGGGAUACCGUAGUUCAUCAAAUCAACACAAAGAAGCAUCGGACGUCGGUUCGAAAUGCAUCAUUUUCAUUAGCAUGUGUGGAGCAAAUUUGGGAC